AUGUUUCUCCAACACAUAGACUUGACGACGGCCUUGCGGCCUUCGUAUCUGCCCGAUGAGGUACUUCUAUUUGUUCAGGAUAAUGUGGGUCUUUACGAAGGAAAGUUCAAGCUGCCCGAUCAACAGAACGGCCAAGUCUACUUGACGUCGCAUCGGAUAUGUUACGUCGAUAAAGAUGAGCCACGCAAGCGUUCGGUUGCGUUGGAACUGAAGGAUGUAGAGCGCCAUGAGUUUUACGCCGGCUUCUGGAAGUCCUCGCCCAAGGUCACCAUUGUCCCCAAACCGCCGAAAAGGGCAUCUCUCCGGCACGCUGUCUCCAGUGCCAGUGCACCCCGGCGUAACCAAGAUCCAAACUCUCCUCGACCAGAGGGUUCACAGUGCCCAAAGCCAGAGACACCUGUCGCGAGUUCAGCAACAUGGCGCGAACAGUCGGCCUUCGCCGACGCCAGCAACUUCAAGCCCGGUAUUGCCAGUACGACCCAAGCUGCUAGACUCGAAGUCGCCCAGGGAAUCAUUCAGCGAAGCUUCAUCUCCCGACAGAACAGGCAGCCCGCAGUCAUCUACUGCGCCCGGGGAAGCGGCAUCAACGUUUGA